GGGCUGCAGCAUACAGUAAACUAGGGAACUAUGCUGGAGCGGUGCAGGACUGUGAGCAGGCCAUCAGCAUCGACCCAAACUACAGCAAAGCCUACGGGAGGAUGGGUUUGGCUCUGGCCAGCCUCAACAAACACACAGAAGCAGGGACUUACUACAAGAAAGCUCUGGAGCUCGACCCCGACAACGACACCUACAAAACCAACCUGAAGAUCGCAGAGGAGAAGAUGGAAACGUCCAGUCCAACAGCAGGGAUGGGUGGAGUGGAUCUGGCCGGUCUGCUCGGUAACCCCGGCUUCAUGAACAUGGCGUCCUCUCUGAUGAACAAUCCUCAGGUGCAGCAGCUGAUGUCAGGGAUGAUGUCAGGAGCGUAUGGUGGGAUGCCAGGAGGAGGUGCUGGAAUGCCAGGAGGAGCAGGAGGAAUGCCAGGUGGCUUGCCAGGAGGAAU